GACUUAUUUAUCUAUCGAACAUUAUAAUUGCUUGACUUGAUUGCUUCUGCAAAAUUAUAGCUUAUACUGUAUCAGAUGCCAACUUGGAACUCUCAUCCUAUAAGUCUACUUUACUUGCUUACCUUAAGCUGGGAAAUACCCACCAUGGCCCCCGCACGUCCGUGGCCAUGCGACCCCACACCGCCGUGGGCGAGCGCGCGUCACCCACCCGACGCGAACCCACUUAUCGUGACCGCUCGCUGGAACCCCCACGUCCGCCGUGGGCGCACCCACGUGAGGGUGGGCCCCGAGACGUCGGUGUCGGAGGCCUUCGGGUGUCAAGACACGCGUUAGGAUGGGGGUGUAACAACGGGCCCGGAGCGGUCUGCACGUGACCCGGAUUUCGUCCCAUGCCGCUGACGUCACCUGCAUACCAAUAAUGUCUCCAAUUUACCUUACGCAUAAAUCGCAUGUAAAGUACCAUCACGUGCGUUGUAACGCUGGAUUUAUCAUAUCCGAGCGCCGCGAUUGGCUCAGUACGUGCUGCUUCGUCCAACCAGCCGUACGAUUAAUCUACCUCGCUGGCAACAUGUCACGGUCUACGCGGCAAAGCUUGUUGCAUGCGUAGGCUUUUGGGUGAUCGGGGCGACGGGCGGGGCCAGGCAGUCACUGGUGGGAGCGGCGGACAGACGUGGCGGCAUGGGGUUGCGUCGUCCACCGGAUAAAAUAAACCGGCCCCCAACGAACGGGAGACGCCGCGGCCUAACCCCAUCCCGUUUGAGUUUGUUUCCGAGUACAUUGCCUCUCUCGAGCUAUUUUUCCCUCUUUGAGGUAGCUCCUGCGAUCGCACUGCGCGCGCGAGAGAGAAAGAGAUAUGAUCGACUCUUCUCCCGCUGCUAUUCCUUUGAUGUCUACUCCUGCAUCCGUGGUGGCCGGAACCCCGGUCGAUCACGGCGGCUUGCCUCCUACGAGCGCCGGGGAGAUUGUGCCUCGGUCGCCUCUCGAGAAGCCCCUCGCCGAACUCACCGAGAGGGACAUCGCGCAGCUCACCCGCGAGGACGCCCGCCGCUUCCUCAAAUCCAAAGGGAUGCGGCGGCCGUCAUGGAACAAGUCGCAGGCGAUCCAGCAGGUCAUCUCCCUUAAGGCCCUCCUCGAAGGGACGCCGGGAUGCGACGACUGCCCCGCUGGCGUCGGAAUCUUUCAGAAGUCUUCCCCUCCUCCGGCGCCGGUGUUCCCCUUGCAGGACUCUUCUCCGCCCUCACCGAAGGACGGCGGCGGAUCGCAGCUGCCGGCAAAGGAGUCGUCACCGUUCCGGAGGAGGGAUCCGAUCCCUCCGUCCUACUCCGCCGGAGCGGAACCCCAUCCCCUGCCGGAGAUCCGCUGCCUCUUCCCCAGGGCGACGGCCGAACUCCCGGCCGGGCAGAUGACGAUCGUCUACGACGGCGUGGUCAACGUCUACGACGACUUGCCGAUGGAUCAGGCGAGGGCGGUCCUGGAGCUCGCGGCCAGCGCGGUCUGCUUCGACGACCUAACCCGUCCGGUUUCUCCGGCCUUCCGCCCCACCUCAGUUGUCCCCGAGCAGGGCCCGGUAUCGGUCCCCACAGCGCCCUCGUUGGCCAAAACUUUCCCAGUAGCAGCGUCGGGCAGGGUGGCCCACCAUGCGGCGGGCGGCUUGGAGGAACCGAGAGGCACACGGCCAGCGGAGCCUGAUUCUGCAACAAGCAGAAAAGCAUCAUUGCAGAGGUAUUUGGUGAAAAGAAAAGACAGAUUCAAGGCAAAGAAACUCCUUAAAGGUUCAACUUCUUCAAAUAUGGAAAUGAUGUACUUUAGCCAAAAGUUGAAAUUCCCGAACCCAAAUGAGCUUACCACGCUCGAUGACACAAGCUUCUCUGCCCUAUUUCAACAACCUCAAUCCCCAGGUAAGUGCAGCUCUGGAGAAAACCAAGUUCAAAGGGAGAAAUUCUUCAUCGAUCUCAAUGGUGAUGGUGGUGGGGAUUAGUGAACUGCCUAACUUCACUUGUUUGACGAACAGAAGUGUGCUAAUGCUGCUCCAUCAACGUGGCCAAAGCCAUCAGAGAUCCUAAUUCCUCAUCUUUCUGCUUUGGGUUUGAACAUAUUCAAGAAGUUUGGGUUUGUGAUUCCAAGCAAUGACAAGCAUGACUUUGACAAAUAGUAGAAGGCAGGAUGGAAGAUGAGAUUGAGCCAUAGUCUCCAUCCAGCAUAUAAAUAUGCCAAGAUUUAACAGAUUUCUUCACCUGUGAAAACAAUUCUGCCAGUUUAUGGUGCCAGUGCAGCCUAUGGAAGGAUCGCAGUUCUGUGUUUCCAACUGCUAUCAUUUUCUUACCAUUUACCACCUUGCUUGCUGUAAGGUGUUCUAUGAAUAUUUCAGCUGCUCGUGGAUUUAUUUGGGGUGAGUACCGUAUCCCGAAAGUUUGACAUGCCAUUUUUUUUCUUCUCUUUUAUGAGAUAGUUUUCUUGUUGUUGAUUCUUAUAUUUAAGUUUAUCGAUACAUGUUGAAUCUAUUGGUUUACGUUACUGGUGGAA